AUGCCUGCCCAACUGACGGAGAAAGUGAUGAAGGCACCCAUAGUGAAAGAGCAUUCUCCGAACGGAAGCGCAGAAGAGAAGGUGAAAGCAAAUGCGGAAGGAGGAAAGGAGAAUGUCCCACCGGGGGAAGAAAAACACUUCAAUGAGGACGCACAGGCACAAACGGAGAAGCAAGACUCUGACAAAGACGAUGAAGCUAAAACAACAGAGGAAAAUGGAGAGGAGGAAGACCAACCUUCGGAUAUGGCAUCGAAACCCAGCCGAGAAGCUGUGAUUUACAUGUUUCAGCAAGGUCAUUCACCUGCAAAGAUCAUCAAGGAGCUGAAACUGCCACGAUCCACUGUGUACAAAGCCAUUGCCCGCUACAAGGAAGAUGAGCCAGCAAUUGAAAAGCUGACUCCAUAUCAAGGGAAGAAGCGGAGCUUCGGGAGAUACAACUGCCCAAAAUGCAGCUCGGAAUGGUACAGUGCAAACAGUUGGGCCAACAUGGGGCAGUCCUGCCGAAACUGCGAUAUUAAUGUCUACCCCUGCAAUCAGUGGCGCCUGUUGAGGGGGAAGCAGAAGCAUCGGGGGAAGCCCCACCUGGAAGACUUGUGCGAGAAGUGCGAGACAUUGGGAGUGUCCUGCACCACAUAUUUCGAAGAUCCGGAUCAGAUGAGCCAGAAUGAACAACCUAAGUCGGACUCUGAAACUGAUUAGGUCUAUUGGAACCUUCAAGAGGUGCACCAGAAAAAUAUGACCCAAAAAUGCUUUCAAGAGAGUCCGCAUCAACCAAUGAAAUUAAGAGUUUUGAGGAUUUUAUUCAUCUUGAAUGCAUAUCUUACACUUUCUUGGGCUUUCAUAAUAUUUAUUUGUUUACAGUGAAUGAUGGUGAAUGUUUGAACAAAUGGAUGUUA